AUGACUAUUCCCUCACUACCCACCCGCGACGACUUCUGGGGCACCAUCGAGCGUGCCUGGUCCACCAUCGACGACAGCAGUGCUCGGGCCCUCCUCCUCUCUGAGAACGCCGAGGAACGCCUCGCAGCCGCCGAGACCCUUGUCAACAAGCACACAGAGGCCAUGCUCGAAGCGCUCCGCAUCAUUCUCCGCCAGUAUAAUGCCCCGCAGUUGGCCGCAUGGGACGCUCAUUGUGAGCGCGCGCUGUACGACCUCGACCGGGAAGACGUCCACGAGGCGCUCGACGGGAGCGAUGACGGUUUCCUUUACACUCGCGGCUUUGUUGUCGCUGCAGGCCGGAAACACUACGAGGCUGUAUUCACCCAGCCUCUCAAGUGGGGAAUCAUGGAUGUCGAAGAAGAGAGCAUGUGCUACUUGGCUUGCCAUCUGUACAAGGACAUGUUUGGCGAGUGGCCUCCGCGAACUGGCAUCAGCCGCGAGACGUGCAGCAACAAGGAUGGUUGGCCUUAG